AAGAAAUAUAAAUUCCCUAGGGUUACUCUUUAUAUAAAUGAUCAGGAUCGGUUAAAUUUUUAUUAGUUGCUAGGACACUUAAAAAUGUUUUUAAAGUUGUGUAAAAUUAAUGUUUAAUGUUGUGUAAAAACCAAAAUGAUGUAUAAUACGAAAGACUUAUAUUAUAAUAUAUGUAAAAUUUUGAUCUUUUAAUAUAAGACAUACGAACAUAGCCGGAUUUUUAAUAAUACACCAAUAUACUGAUCGUUCACAAAACCUUUCUAAGAAGUAAAUAUAGAGUUAACAAUUUACAUUAGAGAAAUAUGGAAAAUAAACAAGUAUUGGAAGAACGUCUAAGAAAGGCUUCUUGUAUUGGGGACACAGAUGCAGUUCAGGAACUUGUUAACUUAGGUGUUGAUGUUAAUACACGACAUAAUGUUAACGGAUGGACACCAUUACACUGGGCUUGUAAAAGAGGCUUUUUGGACGUAGCUGCUUUACUUCUGAAACAUGGAGCUGAUAAAAAUAUAAUGUCAGAAAGUGGGGAAACAGCAAUAUCUUUAUGCACCAAUCAACAAAUUUUACAAUUAUUGAAUUCUGAUAUUCAACGAAAUACUAAUGGACCAAUGAUACAUCAAUUUAUGCCUAAAUGUAUAAAAAAUGAACUUUUAACUACUAAUAUAGAUUCUGUACAGCAUUUAGGAGUGAAUCAUAGUCGAUGUGAAUUGAAAACUAACAAUCAUUUGCAAGAUGAAUUAGUUGUUAAAUUACGUAUUGCAAAUGCACCUGAUCCUGACUUCGUUGAGGUCGAAUUACCUAUGAAUGAUUUAACAUACCAGACAUUAAUACAGACAUGUUGCGAAGAAUUUGGAUUAUGUCCGCAUCAAAUUUUGAAAUUACGAAAAUUACCGAAUACUAAAUUGAGGAAAGAUAAAGAUAUAAAACGGCUUCAACAUUUUCAAGAAAUAGAAGUAAUAACAGAUCCAGCUAAUGUAUAUAAACAUAUGCAAUAUUCUAACAGUGUUCCCAAUAACGUUUUACCGAGUCCAGCUAAUGGAUAUCAAAGUAUUUCAAAUAAAGAUCAGACUAUUUUAUAUUAAAUUAAAUUUUUAAUUUAUUUAUAUAUUAAAAUUAGGGUAAAAUUAGAAUAGAUAUUUUUAUUUUCUUUUUAUCAUUUUUAAAUUUUAAUAAAAAAUAGGAAUGUAAUAAUUAAACAUUAUAACAAAAUAUAAACAAACGUUUGCAUGUAUUUAUACUUAGAGUAAUAUAAUCAAUAACAAUUUGUUCUUAGAAUUAAUAAAUAAUAUUC